ACUGUAACAGCUAUAGUCCUUUAUCUCAUGUAUCCGAUAGUUUAGUAUGACUUUAGUCGACCCGUGGCGUGCUGCGUUAACCGAACAUAAAACUGUGAAAAUGAAUACGGAAAAUUCAAAGGAGGGUCCAAAAGAUACCGUACCUGAUAAAUGGGGAUACGUUGUAUGUUUUGGCAUCAUUAUCAUUUUUAUCGCGGGCAUCGGCCACGUGAACUCAUUUGGUUUAAUAUACAAAGAUUUUAUCGCCGACACACAUUCCAGUGCCAAAUCUCUGACAACGGCGCACGGAGUUUUCUCAAUUAUGUUAGCCAUUGGAGGCUUAACUCUCAAUGUGAUAGCAAAAAGAUGCUCUUUGAGAUUAGGGGGCUUUAUAGGAGCCUUAAUAAUGUCGGCUGGUUCCUUUGUAACGGUUUUUAUAUCAAGCACGGACCAGUUGCCCUUCACGUUUGGAGUGCUGCAAGGAGUUGGUUUCGGGAUGAUUGUCCCCGUUUGUUAUUCCACUUUUAAUCACUACUUUGUAAGGAAAAGAACUCAAGUGAUGAGCUUCAUAAAAGCGACCCAAGGAGUCAUACUAAUUUUUUAUCCACAACUCCUCAAAGUAUUAUUAUCGUGUUAUGGAUUUAGGUCGACACUGCUUCUAAUUAGCGGAAUUUCACUACACACCUUUCCCGGCAUGGCUGCUAUGAAAACUUAUACGAAGACCAUUAAAAAUAGAACAGCAAAUGUGGUGUUAUUAGAAAAUAGUGCUAACCAUCACGAAAAUCUCGAUUUACUGAAUGAACACAAAAAUAGUAAGGAAUCAAAAAUAGAUGUAAUAACAACGAAUAGAAAUAUGUCACUGACCUUAUUCGGGCACGAUUUAUUACAAAUGUUAAAUGUUCAGAUCCUAAAGGAUCCAGUGUUCUGUAACAUUUGUAUCGGACAGAGCUUCGUCAAUUUCUCAGAUGUGAUAUUCUUCGUUUUACAACCGAUGCUCUUCUAUCAAUAUGGACUAAAUACAAAUCAAGUCGCAGCGUGUAUUUCUAUAAGCGCCGGCGCAGACGUUGCUGGCCGUUUUGGACUUGCAUUUAUAAGUAGCAUUGUUUCUAUAAAUACAAGAUAUAUAUUCUACGUGGCAACAAUGUUCACUCUAGCAGCGAGAAUAGUGAUUCUGCAAGUCCGUCAGUUUAUAUGGCUGGCUGUAGUAACGAGCCUGCUUGGAGUCCUUCGAGCGUGGUUGCACAUCGCAAGCCCCCUCGUCAUUUCCCAUCACGUGACACAAGAUGAUUUUACAGGCGCUUACGCACUGUUCAUGCUCUCUACUGGCCUUGUUAAUGUCAUCUUUUCUCCUAUUAUAGGUCUGAUAAAAGACGUAUACCAAGACUAUGUUCCAGCUUUCUAUGCUUUGACUGCAUGUUGUUUACCCUGUCUGCUACUCUGGCCAGCGGAGUAUUAUAUAAAAACUAAUUUAAAACAGUAGAUUUAUAGCAAAUUAAUAUUCAAUAUUUAUUAUUAUUUAUUUAUACUAAGGAAGCACCAAAACUCUAAUUAAAGUAUUUUUAAUGA